GAGGCUUGCACUUUACGCCGUCUUGACCAUGCUUGCACACGCCUACGACGCCCCGCACGCAGCGCUGGCGAGGCGCCGGGCGCUGCGCGCGACCGGUCUCUUCGGCUGCUGGCUCGCCCAUGCACAGGCGCCGCCCGCCUUCGCGGCGCUGUCCGACUACAAGACGGAGCUCUUCGUCGAGUCGGGCUGCGGCCGGCGGGGCCCGCUGGGCGCCUGCCUCGACGCGCGGACGGCGGCCCCGCGCGACACGACCGCGGCGGACGAGGCGCAGGCGGCGCGGGCGGGCGCGGAGAAGGCGGCCGCGCAGAAGGCGCGGAUGGAGCAGGAGCUCGAGUCGCCGCUCGUCGCCGAGCUGCGGCGGCGGACGGCGGCGAACGCCGAGAAGAACGCGCGCCAGGUCGAGCUGCAGAUGUUCCAAAACAGCCAGAGCGGCGAGUUUGGGCCGUUCUCGCGGUUCGUCCCCGUCGCCAAGAACGACGGCAAGUACGUGCUGGUCCUGGCCGGCGAGUACGAGGACCUCAAGAAACAGAAGAAGGUCGCGAAGCAGAAGUUCCUCGACGACGCCGACGCGAGGCCCUACGAGGCGCGCGCGGCCGCCGUCGCCGAGUCGAACGCCCGCGCCAAAGAGGCGAACUCUGGCGCCGACGGGGAGGACUAAGUUGUAAACAUCGA